AUGUGCAUGGCAGACUGCAGAAAGGCAGAGUAAAGAGCAGAGACGGUGGAUGAAAAGAGAAGUCAUUACACAGAGCGACACAUUCUUGUAUUUAACAUUGUUUUAUCCAAAAACAAACUGAAAGUGAAACUAACACAAAGUCUACAGUCGGUUUCCACCUGAACUGUAAAGUUAGACACAUUAACACUGUGUUUUCGUCUUUCCGCCUUCGAUUUUUGAAAUUAUUCAUUGGUUCCAAAAAUUAGGCUGAUCACACAGUAACCUGGUCCAAAACUUUGGAUUAGGACCAAACAUCUGCAAGGCUAACAAGAAUCCCAUCAGCCUCAGCUGGUGUCUGCGUUUCUUGCUAAUGAGGACAUGUUAGUAUGCUAACAGGCUAAACUAAGAUGGUGGACACAGUAAACGUUAUAUCUGCCCAACAUUUGCAUGUCAUUGGAGGCACGUCAGCAUUUAGCUCAAAGUUCAGUCUCUGGCUCUUGUUUCCUGUUUUUCCAUGUCAUGAUUUGGAUUUGUCCACAGGUACGAGCAGUUUGGAGAAUCAGGAUGAGAAAAGACAGAUGGACUGUGACUCACUACAAAAGUAUCAUCCAUCAACUUUUUGCACAACCUUCCCCAAACACGCACCAAGAGCUCUGAAGAGGAAGCAGCCGCUUGUGGAUGGAAAGGAACGACUGCUCCACCAAAGCCACUUGACUUGUAAAAGAGCAGCCUGGACUGUGACUCAGAAGAACGCGCUGGUGCAGCUGAACGAGUUACGACCUGGUCUGCAAUAUGAGGUCUUGUCAAAGACUGGCCCGCUUCAUGCCCCAGUGUUUUCCGUAGGCGUGGAGGUGAAUGGUUUCCGCUUCGAGGGGCAAGGACCAACAAAAAAGCAGGCGAAGAUGAGGGCUGCAGAACUGGCUCUCCGGUCAUUCAUCCAGUUCCCAAACGCCUCCCAGGCUCACGCCACCAUGUGGAACUUCACCAGCACUCCCACAGAUUUUACAGCAGAUAAGCCGGACAUCCCCGACACGUUACUCAAAGAGUUCGAGCCAUCGCUGCGUGAAAACUGCGAUCUCUUGCACUGCAACACAGCAGCAGAAAACGAGGUUUGCCGCAGCGUUUACAACCACAGACGGCUUGUUCGACUCACGCUGGACUUGGUCUCAUCGGCAAGUCCGAAAAGACGAGCCCUUAGCGCCUCACUAUUAGAGCACCUCAGCCCGGUGGUGCUGCUCAGUGAGCUGCGACCUGGACUCAGGUACAUGUGCCUGACAGAGAGACUUCAUGGCCAGCCAAUGAGGAGUUUUGUGAUGGUGGUUAGGGUGGAGGGGAGGGUGUUUGAAGGGUGUGGUCGCAACAAGAGGCUGGCCAAAGCCCAGGCAGCAGCAGCCGCCCUACAGUCUCUUUACAACAUAAGUCUGGGACCAGAGAGGAAGGUCAUCCAGGCAAGUAGAGCCAAAGAUCAGCUACCUCAGUUCUUCGCAGAGUCCAUUUUCCACUUGGUGAGAAAGAAAUACAACGAGCUGACAGACAACUGUUUGUCUACCUCGCACGCCCGUCACAAGGUCCUGGCAGGGAUCGUCAUGACCAGAGGAUUCGACCUCAGAUCAGCCCAGGUUGUGUCUCUGGCCACAGGGACCAAGUGUCUGGACUCGGACAGCGUCAGCGACCACGGCGGUACGCUCAGCGACUGCCACGCUGAGGUCGUGAGCCGGAGGGCGCUGGUUCGUUUCCUGUACGCUCAGCUGGAGCUGCUGCUGUGUAAGCCAGCAGACUGUGAGGAACAAUCCAUCUUCGUACCAAAUAAAGAUGGCUGCGGCGGUGGCGUCCUCCGCCUGCAGGACGGCGUCCUCUUCCACAUGUACGUCAGCUCGUCGCCGUGCGGAGACGCUCGACUCAACUGCCCGUACGAGAGCUCAGCUGCAUAUCCCAGCAGAAGGUUCCACUGUCACCUCAGGGUGAAGGUGGACGGAGGUGAGGGGACGCUGCCUAUCACAGCACGAAAAGCCGAUCAGACAUGGGAUGGCGUGUCGCAGGGCAGACCUCUCAUCACCAUGUCCUGCACUGACAAGAUGGCGAAGUGGAGCGUUCUGGGCCUCCAGGGGGCGCUCCUCUCUCACCUGGUGGAGCCGGUUUACCUGCACAGCCUGACGGUGGGGACGCUCAGCCACACGGGUCACCUGGGCAGGGCGAUGGCACGACGCCUCGCCCCCGUCAAGCACCUGCCCUUCCCACACCGACGGCAGCAGCUGCUGCUCGGCUGCCUGAGCAGCAGUGAAGGUCGGCCAGCAGGAAAAGCGCCGAACGUCAGCGCGAACUGGAGCUGUGGUGACGUAGGCCUCGAGGAAAUCAGCACCUCCACAGGAAGGAGGAAGGACUCAGGGGCGGCGUCACGGCUCUGCAGGCGCUCCAUGUUCGCCCGCUGGCAGAGGCUGCAGCAUCAGUUGAGCGGUGAAGAAGCCCCUCUAGGGACAUAUUCUGCCUCCAAGAUGGCUGCCGGACGCUACCAAAGGGCAAUGGUGCAGUUUACCAGCACUCUGCAGGGGGCAGGGCUGGGAUCUUGGCUCAGAAAACCUCCAGAACUGGGUCACUUCAACAUCAAUGUGUGCUAAAGGCUGGAUGUGGAGGAUUAGAAUGAAGUUCUCAUGUGCUUUUCAUUUUGAAUAUGUGGAUGAGACCGUCCUCCCACACUCCUCCGUUUAGCUUCUAUGAGAAAUGAUAAACACUGAUGAUUGUAGAGACAUGGGACAGACAAGUAAAUAACUGAUUAUGCAAACGAGCACAACACAUACACAAAAGUAAAUGAAAUUUGAGCAGGAGCUGGAGCAGACAUUUUAGUGUGUAACAUUAGCUUCAGUAGUAUAAAAGCUCUGGAAGCUAACGCCAGCUUGUUUGGCUAACUUAAACCUAAAACCACUUAGCUAGCAGACAUUUUCUAAGCAAUAUACAGUGUUUGAAUUUAACUCUUUAUUAAGGUCAGUUAACUGAAGAAACAACUGUACAGUUAAGGCUGAAUGAGUAAAUGUCAGCUGAGCACCACUAAUGCAGUGUUACUGUCAUGCUGCAGACACACCAGUUAUGAGUUUAUAUGUAAUCUGGCUAAUACUUUUAGCUACGAUAUCUACAAAAAUCCAAAUUAGACACAAAACACAAUUCAGCUAAUUAAAAUUAACUACAAUUAGAAGUUAGAUGUUGCUAUAUGUUGCCAAAUGCCUACAAAUAUGUAAUACAAAUCUAAAAAACAGUCAGUCAAAGCUUAAUUUCAAACCAUUUGCUGUGACUUCCAGGUUAGCUUUUGGGCCAACUGUUUUGGAAUAAUUCUGUACGCGCUCAAGUGAAAGUUAAGGGAGAUUUUCUUCCUCCUUUUGUUUUCCAAAGGCCACAGCAAACAGACGCCGAAAGACACCGUGAAUUUGGUGUAGUGUGGGUCGUGUUUGCUGCCCAGGUGUGAACAUCAUUAGAUGCCCAAAGAUACUGAAGAUGGACUCAUUCAUCCAAUUUUAUCUUGCAUCUGUACAUUUAUUUACUUCUAAGGGACCUUCUUUGACACAGUCUUCACAGGCCAAUGUCCUCACUGUCCAAUAGUGUCCGCAUAAGGUCUAAAGUCCACCCUGGUCCUCACAAACUCUACAUAAUAGGAGUAUAAAUACACAUAAGAGACAUGGUUUUGUCAUUUCAGAGGACGUCGUAUUGACUUUUAGCAAAUUGUGACCUUAACCAUAACCACUACACACCUACUCAAAACCAAACCAAAAACCAAGUCUUAACUCUAACACUAAGCGGUUUACUUCAUAUGUGAGAAGAUUUAUAGCUCCCAUAAUGUGAUUACUACAAUGUAGAAGAUGACUGUGAAGCAAAAUCAUUUUUAUUAGUAACAACAGCUUCUGGUUUCUACAUGACAGAACCAAGAGUCACAUCUGAGUUUUAUUCUUUGUGUUUUUUGUGUUUGUUUACAUUGAGAAAAUUUGUGUUUUGAUGUUUCAGUAAUUUGAUGUAACUGUAUGCCCUCCCUUGUUCAGUUAGGUUGAUGUUUUCCACCCUCAUGCAUUCUGAAACUCAGCAUCGAAAGCACGCUGCCACCUAGUGAAACACUGUGUGCACUACAACAUGUGGAGUCAAGCUUUUACUGCAGACAGAAAUAUGUUACUGAAUGUUACAUGAUAAUGAUAAAUGUAAUGACAAACAUCCCAAAAGCUUUUACUUUCCAGGGAAAUUCUUCUCGUGUGGUUGGUGUCUCCUCCUGCUCAUUUAUAAGUUUCCUGAGUUAAGGAAUGUAAGAGCACUUCUACUGCGAGCGACCAGUUUGAAUGUGAUGUAAACUUUUAUUAGGUAUGCAGAAUGGAUGUGGGCUAUACUGGUCAUGAGUCUUUUUAAUCCCUGGGAAUAAAUGAUCUUAUUUGUGUUAGUGUUUUGUGUUUUGUGUUUGAGUAUCUUUUAUCAUAUCAAAGCUAUACUUCAGCAUCAACAUCCA